GGCCAGAAAGACUGAGUAUCUCGACGUUCUAACCGGUGGAUUCUGGGAAAGACGGUACCGAACUUGGGCAAGAAAUAAGGAGUUUAAGACACCAGCGGUGUGAGACAGGCAUCCGAUUGGGAGGGCGGUAGAGGUGGUAAAAUGAUGCGCUUCCUGCUGCUGUUUAGCCGCCAGGGAAAGCUGCGUCUGCAGAAGUGGUUCACUCCCUUGCCGGAGAGAGAGCGGCGCAAGAUCGUGCGCGACAUGACUAUGAUGGUGUUGGCGAGGAGCCCCCGCUGCUGCAGCGUUAUCCACUGGAGGGACCUGAAGAUUGUUUAUAAGAGGUACGCCAGCCUCUAUUUCUGCAGUGCUCUGGAGGACCCCGAUAACGAGCUGCUGGCACUGGAGGUGAUGCAUCGUUACGUGGAGCUCCUGGACAAGUACUUUGGCAACGUGUGUGAGCUGGACAUCAUCUUUAACUUUGAGAAAGCCUACUUCAUCUUGGAUGAGUUCCUCUUGGGGGGCGAGGUGCAGGAGACGUCCAAGCUGCUGGUGGUGAAGUCCACGGAGGAGUCGGACCUGCUGCAGGAGACCAUGGAGGAAUAUAUGCGCAAGCCUGCCUUUUAGACCAUGACUGUAGCUACACUGCUGAAGCGCCCUGGGAAUUUGCAGGAGUUGCCGGCGUUCCUGUCUUAAAGGCAUAACUGCUCCCAUGGUGGCCCGAGGGGGACAUCGGUCUGCUGCAUGCAGACCGGAACAAUGUGAAAGCUGUGCUCUGGUGGCCUUAUUUUAUCUUAAGCCUAUUUCUGAUCAGUUUCAUUUGGCAAAAGUAUGUGUUGGGGUUUAAGGGAGGACAUAUUUGAUGUAAAAAAUGUAUGUAGUUGCUUUUGUGAUUGAUUUUUUUAAAUGUUGAUUUCUGGUGGAAAUUGGGAAAUUGUGAGAUGUAUUUGAAAAGAUAUCAUUUGUUUUACAUCAUGUUCUUUGAACAGCCUGCAUUUUCAGCAUCAGCAGCUUUCACGUUACUAUUAAUGGCUGUUUUUUUUUUGUAAUGGGUUUCGAACACUGGUGGAGCAUGAGCAUUUGCUAUGGCUCUAAUAAUAAUCUCAAAUGUAUGUGGGAUUAAUUCUUUGCACCCAUAAAUUCUUGCACUGUUUUACUCCCUCUUUCAUAUAUUUAUAUUUUUGUUUAAUCACCCACACCCGGGGGGCACAAUGUUUAGCACUAUUGCCUGAUACCUCAGGGACCAGGGUUCGAGUCUCUGCCAUGGCUGAACAGGUCAAGUGGUUUCAGAAAAUGGGUGGAUGGAACCACAUGCAGGUUCUGAAGGUACAUGAGUGGUUUUACCUGGAGGUGCUUUCAGAGAUUUGCAGGACCCCAGUACCUUUAAGCAUGGGGGGGUCAAUGUCAACUUUUAAAUGAUGCUGUGACACUUUGAUAUUGCCUUAUUUUUUAUGAAUAAAGGAGCAUUUCCUGUGGGUGA